AUGGAAACUGGGUUCCCACAUCCCACCAGCCCCGUCACAAGCCGCCGGCCGCCGGUCGCCGCUACCCCGCCCCCCCAUCGUCGCCGCCCACUCGCUUCCCCCGCAGUGCACACAUCUUCCGCCGGAAGUUAUCGCCCUCACUCUGCCGCCGGACGCCGCCCCCCUCCCCCGUUGUGCAGAGCAUCCAGGCGAGACGCCCUCCUCGACGACGACCAGCCUCUGCCUCCUCUUCAACGCCGGCCGCUUCCGACCUGCCUCCGCCUCGUCACCGGACGGCUGUUUGUGGUUAAAUCCAAGGAACUGGUGCAAUAUCAGCUCAUGGAGGGGAGCAAGGACAUGCAAGAGUCAGGCACUGAACCUGUUGUUAAAGUACCCAGGGAGCCUGCCAUCAUUAUCAAUGGUGUCCCAGACUUGCCUCCUGAAUUCACAUCUGGCUCACAACUUGCAGUAAGAGAUGUUCCGCGAUCUCGAGUCGAUCAUCGCUUUGGGGAAUGGCUAGAAGAGCGGAAAGUGAGAAAGCGGUUUGGAGACAUAUACUAUGUAGGGAAAGUUGUCAAGUAUGACAGUCAAAGAAAUUGGUACACCGUUGUCUAUCAAGAUGGAGACCAGGAAGAUCUUGAGUGGCAUGAACUGGAUGAGAUCCUGCUACCAUUGGACAUAACCAUUCCGCUCAACACACUUGUGAUGGAGAAAUUCAAACAUCAGAAUGGCGUUCCCAACUACAGAACUAAGGUGGCUAGACCAAGAACUAAUGUUGCUGGCAAUCAGAUGGUGGUUAGAGCGGUAAAUGGCCAACAGUCAAAUAAUCUAGCACUCCCAGGGUUGGUUCAGGCGUCAGCAUCAGCUGGAGAAAAUGCUUUAGUAUGUCUGAAACCUAGCGAUCAACCUAAGAAAAGGGGCAGGCCUCGAAAGGAUAAAAGUACAUCAGGUGAGAUUGCAAAACAAGGAAGUACAUCAGGUGAUAUUCAACCUAAAAAAAGAGGCAGACCUCCAAAAGAACCUGGAGAGAAGAGUAUUGAUAGGCGCAAGUUAGAGACUGUCAGGGCAGAGAAACUGAAGAGAGAAAGCAUGCUUCUGCGAGGGGCACCACCUGGAAGUCAGUAAUUCUAAUGAUCAAUAUCACUGUUCCAAUAUAAUACUGUACUUCCUAGAUACAUCAGUUUGAGCUUCAAUUAAUUCCGGACAGAGAGAGUAGUAGAUAUCUCUAAAUAUUCCAGUCUAUGUAUGCUUGCGACACUAGCUUUUCAAUGUAUUUUGUACAAACUAAACCUGUAAAGCUAGAUUCCAGAUUUACUAUGUGUGCGCUAUCAUAUUAAUUUCUUUUCGUAUA